AUGAUCCCACCGGAGAGCAUGAUACAGGACGAGAGCGGGGACAAGGAGGAGGACAGGGACCAGGGCGAGUCUCCCAAAUCACCCGGUGCUGGGAGCCAACAGGAGACGAAGCUGCAGAGGCUAAAGCGCUCGCUGUCCUUCAAAACCAAGAGCAUCCGCAGCAAAAGUGCAGACAACUUCUUCCGAAACAGCAGUGAGAACAAGACGGAGCUGCUGUCGGAUGUGAGCAGCAGCACUGGGCACUUGUGUACUAUCGGCAUGGCCCCCCCAGCCAUCCCCUCCGCCCCCCCGGCCAUCCCCUCUGCGCCUCCCCCCACCUCCCGACCUCAGGCCCGCAACCCGCUGCACGACUCGGCGGGACACUGCUUCAUGGAGCACAUCUUUAAGAAGCCCACCUUCUGUGAUGUCUGCAACCACAUGAUCGUAGGUACCACGGCCAAACACGUGGUGUUUUUGGCGGGAAACACGGCGAAGCACGGCCUGCGCUGCAAAGCCUGUAAGAUGAGCCUGCACCACAAAUGUGAGAAUGGCGUGGGCCAACAGCGCUGCAUGGGAAAACUGCCAAAAGGUUUCCGAAGGUACUACAGCUCUCCUCUAUUGAUCCAGGAGCAGUACGGGUGCAUCAAAGAAGUCAUGCCCAUCGCCUGUGGGAAUAAGGUGGACCCGGUGUACGAGGCGCUGAGGUUUGGUACUUCUCUGGCGCAGAAGGCCAAGAGGGCGAGCGGCUCCGAGUCCCCGCACCACAACUCGCUGAGUGACUUGGACAAUGUCCCAGAGGAGGCAGUGGCGCACGGCAGUAAGCACGAGUUGUGCAGGAAACAGAGUGAUGACGUUUUCACAGUUCUGGAGAAUGGGAUAGAACACUACUUUCCACAUGUGAGCCAAUACGACAACACGCUGCUGGAGCCCACGCAGCUCCACAGAUUGAAGUUGGACACAUACGUGGCCUUGUACAGUUACACCGCUCAGGAGACCCACGACCUGGACGUCCAAGCUGGGGACAGAAUUCUAUUGGCUGACGACUCAAAUGGCGACUGGUGGAAAGGGGUAAUCGAGGACAGAAUGGGCUAUUUCCCAGCAGGCUUUGCUCACCAGGUGCGGGGCGGAGACCAGGUGUACCGGUGUAACAGGACGUUCAUCGGCUGUAAAGAGCAAGGCCAGAUCACUCUGAAGGAAGGACAGAUCUGUGUGAGCAGUGAAGAGGAGCACAGCGGCUUCCUGCGAGUGGAGAGCGGCAAAAAGAGAGGCUACGUCCCGUGUGACGUCCUGGACAUGAUCUGA